GUCACCACGGCUGCCGCUGACUGCCCCAACGACGUGCCCGCCAUCUGCCUCGCUUCCGCCCUCUCCGUUCUGUCGUCGCCAUCGUCGCCAUUGUCGCCCUCAUUGCCCUCAGCAUGGUCUACAGUCGUGUCGUGUAGUGUAGCCGGUGCAUGCUAGCAACGCCCGUCUAGUCCGCCCCUGUUGCGCCUUCCACCAUGUCUGCCCAACGCAUCUCCAUCUUCACCAUUGACUUCCCCGACCCUCGCUUUAUCGACUACGACAACAACCAGUUCCAGUCGCUCAACGAGUCCCUCGGCUUCCGCUACAACAUCCUCAACAACAUCCAGACCCUCUCCACCAAAGGCAUCGACCCGGACCAGGAUCCCUUUGGCAUCCUCUAUGUUCCCCAGCUCUACACUUCAGGCUGCAAAGAAGCCCAGGCCCAGUACGUUCCUGCAAACGCCACGCGCAUAGAAAACCUGCCAAAUGACAAGGACUACGCCCUCAUCGCCGUUGCGCCCUGGUACUCGCCCCAAUGCACCAUUGAGUACUUCACCGAGGCCCGCAAGCACUCGACCAAGGCCUUCAUUACCUACCUGCCCGGCGAUAGCAAUGCAAAGCCCCCCGUGCUCAACGAUGCUGCAUGGAACCUCGAGGAUGGCGGAAGCUGGCAGUCGCGCAACAAGUUCCCCACCUAUGCUGUUUCCUCCAUGACCGGAUCCAACAUCAUGGACCAGCUGAACCUCUACUCCGGAAACCUGAGCGAUGUACCCCACGCAGAUCAACUAUCCCAGAUAUACGACAGGACUGACUAUAUCCGCCUCUGGGCCAACAUCGGCACAGACUCUACCAGUCAGCUUCCCAGUCUCUGGGUCUUCCUUGUCAUCGUACUGGCCAUCCUGCUCGUCGCUGUUAGCUUUACCUCUGUCAUUAUGCACAUCAUCCAGCGAAGACGUCGCAACGACCUUCGCCAGCGUGUUCUCAACGGCCAGGUCGACCUCGAAGCACUCGGCGUAAAGCGUCUCAACGUGUCGCAACAAGUACUCGACAAGCUACCAAUACACACGUUUUCUGGAAAUAGUUCGACUUGUUCGGAAAAGGCCGACCCAGAACCCCUCGUUCCAUCAAACGCCGGCCCAUCUUCUGCUGCAAGUGCCGAAACUGGCCACAAACCCACGCUGGCUCGUCACUCGUCUGCCCCUGAAUUACCAAAGUCGUCCAUGUCCAGUUCUUGGUCGCAGCCCACUUGUCCCAUCUGCAUGGACGACUUCGAGCCAAACGAAUCUCAAGUGAGAGAGCUCCCUUGCCACCACAUUUUUCAUCCCGAGUGCAUCGAUCCCUUUCUACUUGGCCACUCAUCAUUGUGUCCCAUGUGCAAGCGGAGCGUGUUGCCCACAGGUGUGUGUCCAGUCAAGAUCACAAACAUCAUGGUCCGGCGGGAGCGACACAUCAACCGCAUCCGGGCACGCAGUGCCCGUACAGGGAACCCCCAACCAAGCUCAACCACGGCUAUGGAUCUGGACCCAUCAGCAUCACCGGCUUCACCUGCUCGACCGCCAAUGGCUCAGGCAUCACUCGGUAGUCGAAUAGGCGGAGCCAUCACAGGACGUAGAAUCUUUAGCGCACCACACCGAACGCAAUCUCGACCGAGUGACAUUGAAAUGGCAAUGACGUCGCCAUCAGGCCCUCCAGCACCACCUCUGCCAGUCAACACAUCAUCUUCACAACAAUCGCAAAGCUGCGACCCUGCGCAAAGUCGCAGAGAAUGGGCCCGACAACGGGCUCUGGCCAUGCUUGGCCCUCACCACGCACCUGCCAGCGAUGAAGACGAAGAGCAAAAUCUUCCAAAAUGGAGACGUAUUCUUCGCAAAGUCUUCCCAACCUAGUGAUCACCAACGUGCGCUCCUCUCUAGGAAACUUUUUCCUUUUCUUCUUAUCUACAUCAUGAUACCAGGGCAUCGUCUCGGCGCAAAGACAUUUGUCGAUUAGUACUUUAGGAUAUGAACCACGGAGUUGGGUGUAGUUAAUUUUAUCUUCUUUGUACUGUAUAUAGCAUCUACUAGUAGUUUCUAUAUAACUGCAUAUUCUAACAUCUAAAAGUGAAUAUCAAGAAAUUACACUAUUUUUGGAGCUCUGUCUACUCCAAAGUUUC